AUGUCCAAGCGCACGGCCGACGACGAGGAGGGUGGCGUGGCCCUCAAGGGCGGCGACCGGCCCAUGGACAUUGACAACGACAACGAGAUGGGCGAGUUUGAGGACGAGUUCGAGGACGAGUUCAGCGACGACGAGAUUAUCGAGGCGGGCGUCGACGGCCGGCCCGAUGCAGAGCGGGAGGCAGAGGAGAAGGCGGCGGGCGCCAUGGACGUGGACGGUGCGCCGGCCGGCGGCCCCGGCACAUUCAUUGUCGGGCGCACGAAGCUGGAGCCGGGCCAGGUGCUGGCGCCGGACCCGAGCGCGUACGACAUGCUGCACAGCCUCAGCACGCCGUGGCCGUGCCUGUCGUUUGACUUUGUCCGGGACCAGCUGGGCGACGCGCGCACGGCGUACCCGGCGACCAUGUACACGGUGGCGGGCACGCAGGCGCAGGCGGGCAAGGCGAGCGAGAACCAGCUGAUGGUGCUCAAGUUUAGCAGCCUCGGCAAGAUGCAAAAGGACGGCGGUGGGGAAUCGGACUCGGACGACGACGAAGACGGCGACGACGACGGCAACGGCGACGGCGGCGUCGACAGUGACCCCAUCCUGGAGAGCCGCAGCAUCCCGCUGGCGUCGACGACCAACCGCAUCCGCGCGCACCAGGUGCCGUCGGCCGACCCGUCGCGGCCCCCGACAACGCUGACGGCCACGAUGACCGAGUCGUCGCACGUGCUGGUGCACGACAUCUCGCCGCACCUGGCGGCUUUUGACACGCCCGGCACGGUCAUUUCCACGCAGCAGAACAAGCCCGUGUCGACAAUUCGCGCGCACAAGAGCGAGGGCUACGCGCUUGACUGGUCGCCGCUGCACCCCGCUGGCAAGCUGCUGACGGGCGACAACGACGGCCUGAUGUACGUGACGACGCGGACGGACGGCGGCGGGUUUGUGACGGACACGCGCGCGUUUGUGGGCCACACGGGCAGCGUCGAGGAGAUCCAGUGGAGCCCGUCGGAGGCGUCGGUGUUUGCGUCGGCGUCGAGCGACGGCACGAUCCGCGUGUGGGACGUGCGCAGCAAGAGCCGGCAGGCGGCCAUCACGGUGCAGGUCAGCGACACGGACGUCAACGUCAUGAGCUGGUCGCGGCAGACGUCGCACCUGCUGGCGUCGGGCGCCGACGACGGCGUCUGGGGCGUCUGGGACCUGCGGCAGUGGAAGCCGUCCAGCGCAGGCGCAGGCGCGGUUUCGAAGCCCACGCCGGUGGCGCGCUUCGACUACCACAAGGAGCAGAUUACGAGCGUGCAGUGGCACCCGACGGACGACAGCAUCGUGGCGGUGGCGGCGGGCGACAACACGGUGACCCUGUGGGACCUGGCGGUGGAGCUGGACGACGAGGAGAGCCGCGACACGGCCGGCGUGCAGGACGUGCCGCCGCAGCUGCUGUUUGUGCACUACCACGCCAACGUCAAGGAGGUGCACUGGCACCCGCAGGUCCCGGGCGCGCUGGUGGCCACGGGCGACGAGUUUAGCAUUUUCAAGACGAUCAGCGUGUAG